GCAGCUUGACGGCGUUGUUGGCUGGUAGCUGAUUUAAAGUAUGGAUUCGUGUGAAAGCGAGGAUUUUGAAAAGUUUCUGACAAACGUCGACCGUAUAAGUGAGCUGUUGAAGGAGUUGAACUCGAGUGAUGUGGCCAUUCAGAAGAAAGCUGUGGAAAAGGCUGAUUGCCUGGUUGCCUCAUUGCAAGACAAACCGAGCAAAAGUGUCAUCAACAGGACUGUUAUUAAUUCCAAUCCCUCAUGUGUGGAGAGACCAGUGAUACAUAACACUAAUGUAACUCGCACACCCAGUGAAAGUCCAGAUAAUUUUAUGAAGGCUUUAGAAAAGGAUGCAGAGGAGAGAAGAAAGAUGAGACAAGUGAAAGAAAAGAAAGCAAAUGCCUUAAAGGAGAAAGGGAACAAAGCGUUUGCCCUGGGAGACUAUGAAUUGGCUGUUGAGGUGUACUCAGAAGGUCUAAAACAGCUUAGUGACAUGCCAGCCCUUUACACAAACAGAGCUCAGGCCCUUAUCAAGCUGAAGAAGUAUAAGGAGGCUAUAAGUGACUGUGAGUGGGCCAUAAAGUGCAACGAUAAAUGCAUUAAGGCAUAUGUCCACAUGGGAAGAGCACAUUUAGGACAAAAAAACUUUAAUGAGGCCAAGCUGUGUUAUGAAAAGAUAUUGGAUAUAGCCCCUGAGCACGAAACCCUUGUCAAAGAUUAUCUGACACAAGUGAAGUUGGAAGAGAAGAAAGCCUUUCAGGAAGAAACAGCACUCAGGGAGUUAAAUGAUGGAAAAAAAGAUGCAGUGGUCAUUCCUGACUUGCUGACGAAGCUGGAUAGACCCAAUGAACACAACCUUUACUACUGCGGUGGAGUGGAGCUUCUCACACAAGCCGUUACAGACAGUACUGGCCAAACGUUAUUCCGAUUAAACAAUGGCUUUGAUGUCAUCGCAGAAAAUAACAAUAUAAGGAGCUGUCUUACACGGACUUCUAAAGAGCCGCACAGUGAGGAGUUAUGUGUUUCUGUCCUUAGGUUAUGGAAGAGGGUUUGCAGUGAAAAUGAGGAAAAUCAGCAGCUGUUACUGCAGUGUCUCAGCACAAGAGAAUCGAUUGUCCAGUUGUUAUCCUCAACUUCAUUAGCAAUUCAGAAGGAAUGUUUAACCCUUGUCCACAUGUACUGUCAGACCCAGUAUGGGAGACACCUGGUAAUUGAAAACCUCGAACUGCCCAGAAUGGUCGAGCUCUUGAUGGACCGUAUAGGCAAAGCGGACAAUUCAGGAACCAUGGCCCUUGGUAUUCUGGAGAACUUGGCUGGAGAAAAUAAGUUUCGAAUACGGUCAAGAGAGAGCAUUACAAAGGUUUUCGCUCCUGCUUUUGAGCAUCUGCUGGAAAAUGUUGCGGCAUCCAACCGAGACUUGCUGCCCUGUUUAAUAUCUGUGAUUGGCACCAUGUCUGUUGAUGAAGUCAUCGUUAACAAGCUGGCAAAGCGUGAAGAAUUUUGGAAGAGCUCGUUCUCUGCCAUGGGGCAAUGUGUUGGCUGUGAAUACAGAAGUGUUCUUUAUCCUCUACUGGGCCUGAUGAUCAACCUGAUAGCCUCUAAUCAGACUGCUGCCAUUCAAGAGUAUGCUGUUUCGAGCUGUAAAAGAUGUGUUGCUCUGCUCAGUGAUCCUGAUGGUGGCAUCAUUACGAGAGCAGCAGGAUUGCUAAGUGUGGUCCUCCCAAAAUCGGCUGCUGCCACUCAGGAAGUUGUGCAGCAAGGAGUUGUAAAGAAACUGCUCAGGAUUCUCAAGGGUGAAGGGAAGACAAGCUCAAGGUACUCAAUUAAAGCUAUGGCAGUGUGUACAGCCUCCGGCCAGCAGGCCUGUGAAGAGCUGGUAAAGCUUGACAGGAGGCUGACGACCAUGAGGAAGCUUCUGGGCAGCAGUGAUGAGUUGGUGGUAGGGAACGCUGCUCUGUGUCUGGGACACUGUUUGACAGUGAAGGGAGUCGCAGCCAGUCUCUUGGGAACAGAUUGCGUGAUGCUUUUGCUGCGCCAUGUGGCUGGCGAAUCUCAGAGAACGGCCGUGCAACAGAAUGCCGCCAUCACUUUGGGGAAACUGUGCAGAGCCGAGCCCAGGCACAUGGUGAAGCUCAGGGAGCUCAACGGUCUGGAGAUCCUUCACUCCUGUAUGAAAUUAAUCACAUAAGCCUUUCCACUUCAUUGAAAGGACUUUGGAUUAGUACGAGGAAAAUCAAAACCAGAACAGUCUUCCUCGUUUUAAAAUGAGAAACCUGCUCUGCCUCAAGACAAAUUUUAUUACUUAGUUCUUCCCUGUGUUUAUUUUAAUUACACUGUGAAAAUAUUUGCAAUAUGUUUAAAUACUUUAAAAAAGCAUUUGAUUUGAUUUGGCACACAGGAUUAUCAGAUAUUAAAAAAGCGGUAUAUGGGUAAUUAUUAAUCAUUAUAUUGUGUAUUUAUCAAGUCUAUCUAUCAGAAAAACAAACAGUAUAAAACUCAGCAAAAAAGGGACUGAAUACAUAACUCAAGGGCCUAGAGUGAGAGGGCUGCAGCUUAAAUACUGUACAUCUAGGCCAAAUUUCAGCCCUACACACAUGACCUAAGAUUUUCUGAGAUUUGACCUUUUUUAUUUUUUAGGAAGUUGACAAUUUUAGUUGACACUGUGCACUGACAGUCAAUCUGGCCAACACUAAAAUUGUCAUCUUCCUAAAAAAAGGUCAAAACACACGUUUACUCUGGUAAACACUGCCAUAGAGCAUGCUUUCCUUGGUGACUACCUGGGCCUCAAGAAGGCUUUGAUCUGGAGGUUUUGAAUCUUUGAUAGCGUCAUUGAACCUGUGAAUGUGAGGUUUGUGGAAGUGAAAUACUCUCAAACACACACAAAAAUCCCAAUUUUUUUCAAACUGUCAGAUGGUGAAGAAAUUUAAAUAAUUUUGGGAGAAGUUCCCACUGCUGCCUUCACUGCAAAAUGUGUCACAGUAUGAGAGUCUAUGAGAGACGCCAUGUGCAUACACCCUAAAUACACCUUACCCCAACUAAUCACAACUUAACACUCAACUGUUCAGCUGUUACCUGAUAGUUUUCAUUGUUGUUUUUACUAUUGUUGUUUUCUGUUAUUGUUUGCCUGCCAUGUUUUUUUAUUUAAUAUGUUUAAUGUAAUCAACCUUCUCUAAUUUCUUUGACAAUAGUGUGAUUUAUUAAAUGUUUUUAACAUUUACUGA